AUGCUGCUGAGCUGCAGCGGCAGCUGCAGCAGCUCGUGCGCCAGGCAAUCAGAGACAGAGUCAGAGGCGACACACUUCUUGCUGCUGCCGUACGCAGCAGCAGCAGCAGCAGCAGCAGCAGCAGCAGCAGCAGCAGCAGCAGCGGCGGCGGCUGCGGCGGUUGCAGCGAUAGCAGCGGCAGCAGUGGUGGCAGCACUAGCAGGGAGGAGGGGGAAUCAGCAGCAGGAGCAGCAGCAGCAGGAGCAGCAGCAACAGGAGCAGCAGCAGCAGCAACAGCAGCAGGAGCAGCAGCAACAGCAGCAACAGCAGCAGCAAUGCUGCAGCAGCAGAGACGCAAGAGCCUGGUUAUAA